GAGUACGCAGUACGUCUAGACUCUCUAGACCCUGCCACUCUGGAGUCUGACGGGACUGCGGAAGAGGUACUGAGCGGCAGUAGCUCUCUGCUUCUGGGCCUUACAAUUUCAUGCCUUUCUUCUGUCAUGCCACGAAUUAUGAGACCCCCCCUGACAGCCCCGGCUUUGAACACACUCGGGAAUGCUUGUCAGCUUGCUGGGUCCUGUCUGCCGUCAGCUUUUUUGUCCUUCCUCUGUGAGUUGCUUACUAGCAAUGAUGAGACGGAAGAGGGGCCGAGGAACGACAAUGAGGCGAAAAGUCUGCCGAACAUGAGCCACCGUUGCUGUUCCUUCCCGCAGCACUGCUCGUUCCUCUUCCCAAUGGAAACCAAGGAUGAUGGCUGGAUUGCUGGUGGUGGCACGACAGAUGCCGGCAAGGGGACGGCGUUUCUUUUAGCUUCCACCUUCUCCUUUUCCUUGCCGGCGCGUCCAUCCAUCGCCGCAACAUUCCCCUUGAAGGCAGUCCGUCAUUGA